AUGUCUGAUCUAGGUGGCACCGACAAAGCUGCGAAUGGUACCUUUUAUGCCCGACGAAUUUUAGCAGUGCUGCUGCGGCGUCUCCAAAUUGAUGAGCUGAAGUCCUGUUGGUCAUCCGCCUUUCAUCAGUUUGCCAGAACACCAGGCCUAAGUAGGAAACUCGAGGGCUGCAAUCUGAUUCAUGCCUCUGAUUUGGCUGAAAAAAACCUCUCGUUAUUUGCACAAUCUGUCGCUGGAUCAAAGGCCUUUUCAGACUUCCAGUUUGCAGAUAGCGAAGCAACAUGUCAGCUGAAGGGCCAGUCUCUGUUUAACGUACUUCGGUUCAGUCCAGGGAUCCUUCGUGAUGAGUUUAUUUUUUUAUUUAUAGUGUACCAGAUUAUUUGUAAACUCGAACAGCUCCAUGUCAAUCAAGUUAGUCACUUAGGAUUAGACCUCACAAAUGUCUACAUCGAUGGAGACUUUCAUGUCCAGCUUGGUCCGCCCGAUAUUGAUGCACUAAGGGCAUUCGCUGUCAAUGAGAAUGUUCUUUUUCCACAGGCAUCCACCGAACUUGCCUACGCGCCAACUUUCAGUAACUUUUCCCAGGUGUCGCUGGACUGGGUCCUGAAUAAGGUUUCCAAUUAUGACUAUCUCAUGUUUAUCAAUCGCCUGGCUGGAAGGCAAGCCGCAGGCGAAGAGACGAGCUCGGCCGCCCGUGCUGAGCAAACAUCUGAUGUUCUCUCAACUGCUGUCUGGGAAUCUAGCGCCUCGACGAAUGAGACCUUUGCCUGUCUGCCCGUGACGCCAGCAAGACGCCUGGAGGGCGAGGAUGCCGCCUUCUUGCCGCACCACCUCCUUGACAUAAUGCCAAACCUGGCUUAUUUUACGUACAAGGCCAGACGGACCCCGAUUCCGGUGUUGCAGAAGUAUGUGCGGCCCAUUUAUCGGCCCGAAGAAUUUCCAAGCACCAUGGCGCGUCUGUAUGCAAGCACACCCGAGGAGUGUAUCCCCGAGUUCUUCUCCGACCCCAGCGUCUUCGUUUCCCUCCACGCCGACAUGCCCGAUCUGGGCCUUCCCGAGUGGUGUGCCUCGGCUGAGGACUUUCUCGCCUAUCAUCGUCGCAUCUUGGAAUCGACGGAGGUUUCAAGGAACCUGCAUCAUUGGAUUGAUUUAACCUUUGGAUACAAACUCCUAGGCGAGGCUGCUGUUGAGGCCAAAAAUGUGCAUUUGGAACUUGUUGGGAGUCAGCGAGCCCUCCGCUCGACUGCCGGUGUCGCCUGCCUCUUUACUGUUCCGCAUCCCCGGCGGUUAUUACCAUCGGAACUCUCGCGCUAUUUUGGUCCUGAUUGCGCAGCCAAUUACUGGAAUCCCACCCCGCCGCCACCACCAUCGACUGCUGCUGCCGCUGUAAGCUAA